GAAACUCAACAUAGGUUUUAAACACGAGAGUGUAUUAAGUUAUUAUUCAUAAGUUACUGGGUUUAACGAACUCAGGGGCCCGUACCUACUUUAGAGSGGUAUAACUGGGCUACAUAAAAUGGAGGCACCGCUGGGAUKWUUUGUUUGAGUUUCUAGAUAUAUUAGUUCAAAGUACUUUUCUGAACAUUAUUGUUAAAAGUAAGAGAAAAUGCAGCMAACUGAGGUUAUUGUAAAUAAGCUCAAGAGCUGGUGCMGAGGGGAAGGCAUAAAUGAGAGCCAUGCAUUGUUGACAAAAGUUCCCCAAAAUACAGAAGUUGCACAAAUAGAAGAGACAUUGCAGACUAUAAAGUGUCUUGGGCGUGUCCGUGUGAGGGGAAGAAUGUUGGACGAAUCAACAGACCAAAUAUUAGUGCUUUGUGAGUGCAGGGAGAAUCUUACAAAUGCAGACAUACCAAAUGAAGUGCUGACUUUAGAUGAGUCUACAGUAUGGCCUAUAUUCAUUACUGCAGAAUCUUUGAGUGCAGAUGAAGAUUUCAGUGUCAAACUAAAUACUCUCCUACAAGCAGAAGGGAAGACUGCAGAGGAUGUGCAUGCUCUUCUAGCUGGGUCAGAACCCGUUCCCUCGCCCACAGAGUCCCUCAUUCGUGCUGUGACUGACCUACUGGACAAAGCAGCUAAACCUGCAACAGAGACUGGAGGAUUUCGCCGCCUGCGCACUUUCUCCGGYAUAGUGCCUACUCCUGCAGGUGAGGAACAAUUUGAUCAUUGGCUGGAGCAAGCUUACAUGAUGGUGGAAGUGAGUGAAUGUUYGCCAAAAGAAAAACGACGGAGGAUAAUGGAGAGCCUAAAGGGUCCUGCAUUAGAAGUCAUCAAAGCAGUUCGCCUUUCUGAUCCAGAUGUGAGUCCUGAGGAGUGUCUAGAAGCUCUUGAUAGUGCAUUCGGAAUGGCAGAGUCAGGAGAUGAUUUAUACUUUGCUUUUAGACUGAUGCAGCAACAGUCUGGGGAAAMGUUGUCAGAUUUCCUCCGAAGACUAGAGCGCUGUUUGUCGAAAGUAGUUCAAAGGGAUGGCCUUCCUGCCUCAAGCAUGAACAAAGCUCGGAUUGAACAACUGCUUAAAGGCGCAGUGGGUUCAGACCUWAUGCUAAUUCAGCUCAGGUUGAGGGAGAAAAAAGAGAACCCUCCAACCUUUCUUGAGUUAUUGCGUGAAAUUCGUACUGAAGAGGAGUAUGAAGCAUCUAGAGCAAAGUUAAAUCCAUCAGUACGUGUAGUCCAACCCAAACCUCAGGUGGACCACAAUCAUUCUGAAAUUCAGAGUCUGAGGGCUGAGAUAAAAGAAGUAAAGUCAAUGUUCACUGCACUUUCUUCUCAAACCCCUCUAGAUACUGCAGAUAAGCAUGACAMAGGUUCAACUGACAGAGAGAGACUUAAAGAACCAAGUCAGGAUGCUGAAGUUGUGGCU